UCAAAGCUUCAGUGCGCAAGGAGUUUUUUGAGGAAAUAUUUUUGGUUCCAUUCUACCAGUGUUGUUAAAUAAGAGUUAAUUUACUAAUUUAAAAUGUCGGCCUCAAUACACACGGCUAAGAAAAAGUACUCGCAGCAAGAGUUGCGGCGUAUAAUGAGCGAAACAAAGGCAGCCAAACAGCUUCAACAAUCGGAAAGUGCAGUGAAGCGUAUUGACUCCCCUUUGGCAAAAUAUAAUGAUUUAGGUCAGCUGACGUGUGCCCUCUGCCGGUCGAUAGUUCGCUCGGAAGCUGUCUGGAAGGUUCACAUAAAUUCUAAACAACACAAGGAACAUGUGGAACUAGCGAAGCAGUUAAAAGAACAACCGACUCGUACAACUCUUCCGAUACGAGAUUCCACCAUAUCUUCACACCAGUCCGACAAUCCCUCUAAACGACCAGCCACUUCAGUUACCACAGAGGACAGUAUUCCCAUGAAAAAACCAAAGGGGAUAUUGAAAAACUCUCAAUCGCAAUCCGUUCAAAAUACAACCCUUCCGAAUGAUUUUUUCGACAACAAACUGAACGGGCAAACUGGCAACAAAAAUGCAUCCUCAAUUCGCAAGGAUCUUGUUAAUAUUCGGCUGCCAGACAAGCAUCACCAGCAAAUAGCGGAGGCGAUGGAACAGGAUCCAGCAGUAAUGGACGGAGGAACGGCUGCUCCGUCGGAAGAAGAAAAACUACCGGAAGGAUUUUUCGACGAUCCCAAAAUGGAUGCAAAAGCGCGAAACCAAGAGUACAAAGAUCCGGAUGAUGAAGAGUGGGAAAAAUUUCAAAAGGAAAUUAAGGAAGCGACUAACGUUUCCAUGGCGAUCAUAAGCGAAGAGCAGGAGGAAUCUACCGCUGAAAGACAGAUAGCAGAAAUUGACGAGCAAAUCCGUAAUUGGUCGAGGGUGUUGAGCUUGGAAAAGAAGAAGGAACAAGUCCAAACAUUGAAGGGAAUAUCAUCGUCUUCACGACAAAAUGGCAAGCAAGAUGGUUCGCUGCGAAAUGCAAGCAGAGUAGAAACUGUCGCCCAAGAUGACGAAGACGACGAUGAUGAUGAGUUUGAUGAAUUUUUAGAUUGGAGAGCCAAGAAAUCGUUUAAAUAAAUUUUCACAUUUAUUACACUCUGAA